CGAAAAGUCGAGGCGAAAGGUCGAUGAAAUUCUACGAAAUGAAAGAUUGCCUUUUAUAAAGUGAACUCUUCCAAAAUAUGUUAUCAUCAAAUAUUUGAGGAUCGAAUCGGGAACAGAAUGAACAUUUUGAAACGUAUCUUUUUUACGAAUCGAGGCUGGACGGGGAAAAUUCGACGCCGGACACCCUGAGCAACGUCUCGGACGACGCCGAAGAGGGAGACAACGUGAACGUCGUCGUCAGGGUGAGGCCGUUGAGCGAGAAGGAGAUCGAGAGAGGCGAGCCCAUGGCCGUCACCUUCCCCGGCGAAGGACAGAUAUGGGCGGAGAGCACGGCGAAGGACAUGAAACCGAAGACGUUCUCCUUCAACGUGGUGUUCGAGGGAGACGCGACCCAAGAGGACGUGAUGAUCGCCUCGGGCAUGCUCCGCCUCAUCGAGAUGGGCAUGGACGGCUACUCGACCACCGUCUUCUGCUACGGACAGACGGGGAGCGGGAAGACGCACACUCUCACCGGGCCUCCUGGCCUCUUCAAGAAGAUGGACUUCAUGUCGGAGGAUCACGGCCUGAUCUUCCGGAGCUUCGUCCACCUCUUCCGCCUCAUCGAAGAGUCGAAGGAAGACGUGAACUACGUGCUCCGGGCCUCCUACCUCGAGAUCUACAACGAGCAGGUGAAGGACCUGCUCAACCCGAACCCGGACCAGCGGUCCCUCCAGGUCCGAUGGUCCAAGAAGGUCCGCGGCUUCUACGUCGAGAAUCUCUUCACCGUGGAAUGCAACGAGAUCGACGACCUCGUCGCCGUCCUCGAAGAAGGUCUGAGCAACCGCCACGUCCGAGGCCACAACCUGAACGAGUUCAGCAGUCGGAGCCACACGAUCCUCACGGUGCACAUCACUCAGGAGCAGCAGGAGAGCGAGGAGGGGAUCUUCCUGAGCAAGCACGGGAAGAUCAACUUCGUGGACCUGGCCGGGAGCGAGAAGUCCAGCGAGACGCAGACGAUCGGAAAGAGCCUGGAGGAGGCGAACAACAUCAACAAGUCCCUUCUCACGCUCGGGACUUGCAUCUCGGCGCUCAGCGACCCGAAGAAGAAGUCCGGACACAUCCCGUACCGAGACAGCAAGCUGACGAAACUCCUCGCGGAUUCCCUGGGAGGAAACGGCGUCACCCUCAUGGUCGCGUGCAUCUCGCCGGCGAAGAGCAGCCUGUCGGAGAGCCUCUGCACGCUGAGGUACGCCGCCAGGGCCAAGAGGAUCAAGACGAAACCCAUCGUCAUCAUGGACCCGCGAGAGAAGCUGAUCAUCAGUCUGAAGCGGGAGGUGGCGGCGUUGGAGCUGGAGAACUCGUACCUGAAGGCCCAGUUGGGCCUCGCACCGGACGCCACGCUCGACCUCCCCGUUCCCCCGCCCAAGAACGACGUGAAGAUCGUCGCCAGGAAGAUGCCCGUCCCCGAUUCCAAGUCCGGUCCGGGCUUGGGGAAGAGGAAACGGCGCAUGAGCAUCGUGAACGUGGACGAGAUCUCGAAGAUGCCCCCCGAAGACGUGACCAACAUCGUGAAGGUGAGUGCCUCCGAUUCCGUCGAGGUCGAUGCCUUCCCCGCCUUUCGUAGUGGCUGCGAUCGCAGACGUAAAUAG